CUGCCCCACGGCGGCUCCGGCCAUGCCCAGCUGGCUCUGGGGGCUGCUGCUGACCGCAGGCACGCUCUCCGCUGCGCUGAGCCCCGGGCCACCGGCGCCCGCGGACCCCUGCCAUGAUGAGGGGGGCGCGCCCCGCGGCUGCGUGCCGGGCCUGGUGAAUGCGGCCUUGGGCCGCGAGGUGCUGGCGUCUAGCACGUGCGGCCGGCCGGCCACGCAGGCCUGCAACGCCUCGGACCCACGGCGGGCACACCCGGCCGCCCUCCUGACCUCCGCAGGGGGCACCGCAAGCCCUGUGUGCUGGCGUUCAGACUCGUUGACGCAGGCGCCUCUCAACGUGACCCUCACAGUGCCCCUGGGCAAGGCUUUCGAGCUGGUGUUCGUGAGCUUGCGCUUCUGCUCCACACCCCCCACCUCGGUGGCUCUGCUCAAGUCUCAGGAUCAUGGCCACAGCUGGGCCCCUCUGGGUUUCUUCUCCUCCCGCUGUGGCCUGGACUAUGGGCGCCUGCCUGCCCCCACCAAUGGCCCAGGUGGCCCAGGGCCUGAAGCCCUGUGCUUCCCUGAGCCCCAAGCCCAGCCUGACGGUGGUGGCCUUCUGGCCUUCAGCGUGCAGGAUGGCAGCCCGCCAGGCCUGGAUCUGGACAGCAGCCCAGUGCUCCAAGACUGGGUGACUGCCACAGACAUCCGAGUGGUGCUUACAAGGCCUGCCAUGCUGGGGUACACCAGGGACUCUGCUGCUAUGGCCCCUUACGCUUACUCAGCCACUGAGCUCCAGGUAGGAGGGCGCUGCAAGUGCAAUGGGCAUGCCUCACAGUGCCUGCAGGACACCCAGGGCCACCUGAUCUGCGACUGCCGGCAUGGCACCGAGGGCGCUGACUGCAGCCGCUGCAAGCCCUUCUACUGUGACAGGCCCUGGCAGCGGGCCACGGCCUGGGAAGCCCACGCCUGCCUUGCUUGCGCCUGCAAUGGCCAUGCCCGCCGCUGUCGCUUCAACAUGGAGCUGUACCGGCUGUCCGGCCGCCACAGUGGCGGUGUCUGCCUCAACUGCCGGCACAAUACUGCCGGCCGCCACUGCCACUAUUGCCGGGAGGGCUUCUAUCGUGACCCUGGCCGUGCCCUGAGUGACCGCCGUGCUUGCAGGGCCUGUGACUGUCAUCCUGUUGGUGCUGCUGGCAAAACCUGCAACCAAACCACAGGCCAGUGUCCCUGCAAGGACGGUGUCACCGGCCUCACCUGCAACCGUUGCGCACCUGGCUUCCAGCAGAGCCGCUCUCCAGUGGCACCUUGCGUUAAGACCCCUAUCCCUGGACCCACUGAGGAGAGCAGCGCUGUGGAGCCCCAGGACUGCGACUUGCACUGCAAACCGGCUCGUGGCAGCUACCGCAUAAACCUGAAGAAAUUCUGCAGGAAGGACUACGCGGUGCAGGUGGCAGUGGGCGCGGGCGGCGAGGCGCGUGGCUUGUGGACGCGCUUCCCGGUGGCCGUGCUCGCUGUGUUCCGGAGCGGCGAGGAGCGCGCGCGGCGCGGGAGCAGUGCGCUGUGGGUGCCUGCGCGGGACGCGGCCUGCGGCUGUCCGCGCCUACUGCCUGGCCGCCGCUACCUGCUGCUCGGGGGUGGUCCGGGGACCGCUGUCGGCCCAGGAGGCCGCGGGCCCGGGCUUAGCGCCGCCCGCGGGAGCCUCGUGCUGCCUUGGAGGGACGCGUGGACGCGGCGCCUGCGGAGGCUGCAGCGGCGGCAGCGGCGGGGGCGCUGCGGAGCUGCCUGAGCCCGCGGGCGGGGCGGGGCCGGGCGGGCCGCUGCUGCCACAUCAAGGCGCACGUGCAUCCAGAUCACCUGCCUGCUGGGGCUUCUUUGCUCGCGUCCAGCGCGUAGCCAUUUAAGCCCCCGCCCCGCCCCUGCCGGGCACCUCCCUCAGUGCCUCGUGCCCGUACCCAGGAUGGGUGUGAUGGACGGAGCCCGAUAGAGGGAUGUGACAGCCCCAAAGAGCUGCUUCGAGGCUUCCCUGGGCAGCUGUCAUCCUAAAGAGCUCCUCGGUCCCCCUACCCAAGCGCUGUCUGCCCCCUUCAGGGGGCGCCGUUAUACCCCCAAAAGGCUGUGAAACUCUUUAUGGGGCCCAACACGUCGAGGCUCUUGGUCCCUCAGAGAGCAUUCUCACCUUCUUAAAAGACACUGUAACCCCUCCAACAGUUAUGAGCCUCCUUGUGAUGCCAGGACACACCAAGGGUCUGAGAACAUCCAAAGGGCCGCUGUGACUCCAGCCCCCACUGACUGAUCCGCCAGAGAGCUCUCUGACUCCCCCAGAGGCAUGUGGUCACCACAGACGCCUGUGGACUCCCAUGGGGCUCCGUGACCCUGGCUCCCCCGCCCCCGGCCUGGACCCACAGAGGACGCUGUGACUCCUCCCCCAACGAGGACAGCGGCCUCUGGUUCCCGGCUGUCCGGCCUGUCACCUCUGCCUGCCCUGUCUGCUGUUUGGACUUCUGUGCCCUUGUCCCCGCUGUGCCUCUGCUUGUGUCCUGCCUCGUUCUUGGCCUGCUGUGUCUCUGUCUCUUGUCUCCGUCCGUCUGUCUCUCUUGGCCUUGGCCUCUGGGCUUCUCCGCUAAGGUUCCGCCCCGAGGACACCCUGCUCCCCUUCUCCGCGCGCUCGGGACCGGCCGUCGUGACCACGCGUUCGCGCAUUCCCAGGUCCACGCCAGAUCUGGCGGGGCGGCGACCCCAGCUGACAGCACUCUCUGCUCCAGAAGCCCCUGACCCUGCCCUUGGUGGGGCCCUGCAGACCCCGCCCUCUCGGCUGGCACGCGGGGACAGUGCUGGAUCCCCAGCCCCUCCGCGCCGGAACGUGCCCAAG